AUGCGUACUACAUCAACAGCAGCAUGGACAGCCGCGCUCGCGGUCAUGUCCAUGCGUGGACCUUUCACACUUGCGGAGGCUGCGCCCGCUCGACCUCAAGACCAACAACGACCUCAGUAUUACCUUCCCAAGCAUAGGAGGGCAGCGGGAGGCUACAACAGCUCGGCCCCGGCGGUGGAGAGCACCUCGACGGAGUUAUUGGAAACGGAGACAGACAUUCACACGCGCAUGACAAAACAUCGCACGCAGCAUCCAGAUCCGUUGACGCAGGAACCACCACCUCCGCCUCCGGUUACAGAAGAGGACACCUCCACGCGUUCGAGACGGCCGCGAACUUCUACGAAGAGCACGCCUACCGAUGAUGAGAUGCUGUCAAGCUUCCUUGCGGAGGGCUUGCUUCCAAUGACAGAGAACACGGUUGUGACUACGACGAUGACUCUGGCGCGGAACAACCGACCCAAUGCUGAGGGGCAUACGUGGACUCUCACGUACACCGAAACUGACACGGCGACUUCUACGGUCCAUUCAUCGAUAGCGCCUGUGUCCUCCAGCUCGUCGGUGAUACCUUCAUCGUCGAGCUCAUCGAUUCUACCUGCGCAGUCGAGUUCAUCCUCCUCGUCAGUACCUCUUUACACCUCGGUCAGUGUGCCUUUGUACACUUCGCCGACGGACAUUUCAACGCCUCUGGAGACCACCACGACGACGCCGACGCAUCGACGACCUCAGCCACACUCUCAGGAGUCUUCUGUGCCGCCGUCCUCCUCGGAAGCGGCAGUCUCCUCCUCGGAAGCGGCGACUUCUUCCUCGCAGAUUGCAUCGAGCAGCAUUGCUGCAUCUUCUUCGGCAGUGUCUUCUGAGGCGAUCUCUAGCAGCAUUGCCGCGUCUUCUGAGGCCCUCUCGAGCAGUUUCGUUGCGUCUUCCUCGCAGGUGUCUUCGGAAGCGAUUUCCAGCAGCAUUGCUGCUUCAUCCUCCGAACUGUCCUCGCGGGCGCUAUCUAGCAGCGAUGUGGCCUCUUCUUCGGAGCUGUCAUCGAGAGCUUUGUCCAGUAGCUCUGCCGCGGCGUACACACCUCCCGCAUCGACCUCGACGCAUUCCAGCUCGAUACCAUACCACGUCGGCAAUAGCUCGUCGCUUUCCGCUGGCCCAACUGCUCACUCGUCGAGUUCUAGCUCAAGCUCGCUUCCAGGGUCAUCGUCGGCCGCUGCGUCUUCAUCUGAGGUAUACUCGUCGAGUUCGAUCGCUGCCUCGUCCUCUGCUGGCUUUUCCUCCGAGAUGGCGUCAUCUUCUGCUCAGCUGUCUUCGUCUGCUCCAUACUAUUCAGCGCCAGCAUCUUCGUCUGCGUUGGAGUCAUCUUCUCUGCCAGCAUCGUCGUCUGCUCCGUUGUCGUCUUCAUUCGAAGCUGCGUCGUCUUCAGAGGGUGGCUACUUUGGCUUCCCCACUGGAAUCUUCCACAGCUUGACUGCAUUGACUGGCAACCACGGCAAGCCGACCUCCACUGGCCACAGGCAACCUCAGCGUCCUCACCAGACGCAGGAGAGUGUUGAGGUGUCUCAGUCCUCGAGUGCAACGGGCACGGGUCUGCUGCCGUCGAGCAUCGUCCUGCCUACUAGCCGUACUGGCACUGGGCAUGGCCAGCCGGAGCAGUCCAGCUCUUCUUCUGCUGAUUAUGAAAACCCCAUCUUUGGCAGUCAUGGUAUCUUCCCAGCACCUGGACACACGAGGACGCGCGAUCACGAGACUGAGACAUCAAGCUCUGCCCCUGCAGAAGGCACCAUCCCAUUGUAUGGCACGCACGGCAUCUUUCCACCCGACGAGCCUUCGCCCACCAGGCAUCACGAGUCUGAGGCAACGCGUACUCGCAACUACACCGCGUCAAGUGGAAUCAUCGUUGGCCUUUCCACAACUAUCUCAGUGCCUCUGGAGUCCCCUGGACCUCACCAUGGUCGCCCUACUCAGCCCGACUUGCCCGGUUUCCUGACAAGUGAGCUCGGCAUCACGGGCCCUACUACCGGCUUGACGAGACCAACCGGCCUGCCGUAUGAAGCACCAUCUGAGUCUUCAGAGCAAGCACCCGCCUCGUCCUCCUCACGCGACUCAGGCGUGCUUGGCCCUCAGCGACCCCAUGGCACCCCGGGUCUGCCGAUUGGCUUGACCAGCGAUCUUCCAACCCUACCUACUCUGACUGGCGGCAUCUUCCCGUCGAACACGGACGUCUCGCCUACCGGCGCGUCGAAGACCACUGACGGCAUUCUGCCCCCAGUAGGCAGCCCGAUCGGCAGUGUGAUUUCGGAAGUGACUGGGCAGUUGACGACCCCGACCGAUGUGUUCCUGUCGAGCUCGCCGGCGGCUGGAACUGGCGCGACAACCACUACGGAUGGCAUCUUGCCUCCGUUGGGCAGUCAGGUUGGCACCGUCAUCUCCGAAGUGACUGGGCAGUUGACGACUCCGGGGGGAUUAUUCCCAUCUAGCUCGCCGGCGCCUGAAACUGGCGCGACAACCACCACUGAUGGCGUUCUUCCUCCGUUGGGAAGCCAGGUUGGCACCGUCAUCUCCGAAGUGACUGGGCAGUUGACUACUCCAAGCGGCGUCUACCCACCAAGCUCAGCAGCUGCGGGCAGUGAUGCGACAACCACCACCGGCGGCGUUCUGCCUCCGCUGAGAAGUCAGAUUGGCACUGUGAUUUCAGAAGUGACUGGGCAGUUGACUAUUCCAAGCGGCGUAUACCCGACUGAUUCGGCAGCGGCAGGUACUGGAUCUACGACUACUGAUGGCGUUCUCCCUCCGCUGGGAAGUCAGGUUGGCACCGUGAUCUCUGAGGCUACCGGACAAUUGACCGUUCCAAGCGGCGUCUACCCAACCGAUUCGGCAGCGGCAGGUACUGGAUCUACGACUACUGAUGGCGUUCUCCCUCCGCUGGGAACUCAGGUCGGCACUGUGAUCUCUGAGGUCACCGGGCAGUUGACUAUUCCAGGCGGCGUAUACCCAACUGAUUCGGCAGCAGCAGCGGCAGGUACUGGAUCUACGACUACCGAUGGACUUCUGCCUCCCGUGGGCAGUGUGAUCUCGCAAAUUACUGGGGGCACUGGUGUCAAAAGCAUCAUUCCCAGUGUCGUGCCCGAGGUGACAAGCGAGAUUCCUGUCGUGGGCACCAUCAUUUCUGGUGUUACCAGCGCAUUGUCUGAUGGCGAAACCGUGGUUUCCGAGGUCACGAGCGAGCCGUCUACUCUGCCGCUGACUUCUGAUGUCGUCUCACCGACAGGCACGAAUCCCUCUCCUGGAUUGCCGCUGACGACACCAACUUCUCUGACUCUCACUGCUGGCGACGCUACCGUGACUGUUCCUGUUCCGUCUAACCCAGCAGCUACUUCAGUUGUCAUUACCGGAGGCGAUGGAUCUGAGUCGACCAUUGUGACGGUCCCAUCUCCAACCGGAUCUGGUGGAGACGCGCCUGUGACCCCGACGCCACACAGCUCUGAGGCCUCACCACCAUCUAGCCCGUACGAUCAGCCAACAACUACGACAACUCCCGAUGACACCACGGUAGUCUCGACGCCAACCUCCACUCCUGCGGACAGCGACUCGUCUGUGCCUGACAGCGGUUCCACCAUCUCGACGUCGGUUGGCUUGAACACCGGAACGACCAUCAACAUUGGCAGCACGGGGGUUGUACCAUCUUCGUACGUCAAGCCCACGUCUGCGGCAGCUUCCAGUGGCCAACCGAGUGGACCUAUUGUGCACCCUGCGCCUUCAGCGUCAGCUUCUGUCACUGCGUCACCUCCCGCAUCGGGUCCCGCAUCAGGCUCUCCAUCGCCUACCGUCUCGCAAUCAGGCUCUCCAUCGCCAACUGUCUCUCAGCCUGCAGCGACCCCGCCGGAUGCUUCGAGCACUGCCGUCCAGUCGCAGACAUCUGUGGACACGAUGCAGCACACUACUGCCCCAGAAACCAUCAAGCCCACUGGAACAGACACUCGCACUGAGAUGAGCCUCCCAACUUCAUGGGUGUUUGCUCCAACCAGGACGAAGGAUGGCUACGGCAUCUCGACCGCGCCUUCUGACUCGAACUCUGAGGUCCACGGUCUGCCGACCUACAUCCCUCAGCUAGUGCAGCCACCAGGAGGCAUGCCAAAAGCGCCCUCGAACGCUACGCUCAUCCAGCUCGGCUUCGACUACGGCUUGAACUACCAAUUCGUCGUCAGCCAGCCAGAAGCCGCCAGCCAAAUCUUUGAGUACCUUCCACAGGGUCUGGCGUAUGGCAUGGGCAUCUCUAAAGACCAGAUCUUGAUGCACGCGCUUAUGCCUUACGACACCUCUGACCAGCUGAACUUCAUCACCACCCUUGCCCUGGCCUACAUCCCCUCCACCAUGGUCAACGAUCUGCAGAACAGCCUCCACGUCCCUGUGGCGGAAGUCUACCGCAACCCUGAUCGUCCAGUCAAGACGCUGAUGAACAUGAUCAACCCCUCCAUCCCCAUGCUCCCCGGCUCUUCAGUCGGCAACACGCCCUCCUCCGCCUGGUACAACCCAGCCGCGACCGCCACUUCCUCGACCGGCGACGGCGCUCCCAUCGGCGGCGACUCCGGCUCCUCGAACAAAGUUCGCGGCACCAGCGUCGGCAUCGGCGUCGGCGCCGUGUGCGGCGCUGCCGCCUACGCCGCCGCUAUGGUCUACGUCGCCCGCCGCUACCGCAAGAAGAAAGCCGGCCACCAGCGCGCUUCCUCCGUGCCGACUAUGGGUGAGAUGAGCCAGACUUCUCCUGGCGCCAUGGGCGGGCUGUUCAUGAGUGGUGCGAACGGACGACAGAGCGGCGCUGGAAGCGGGAGCACGGGACGAGGCAGCAGGACGAGCGCGGGUAGUGGUGGCAGCAAUGGGAGGAGUGUGCGCGAGCAAGGCAUUAGUGCGCCGAUCUUGGCGCAGAAUAGCCUUGGAUGGCAGUGA